AUGCAACAGUGUGACGAACAACCGCCUAGAUGCGGUGGUUGCUCAAAACGCGGUUUGAAAUGUGACUAUGAGGAGCUCUUAGUAGAGCCUGGCAAGGAACCAGAGUGCUCUUCAUUGGUGAACUCGAGCGCAAAGCGUAUUAUAUUCGAGUUCCACCCAUUGAUGGAUGAGUUCAAUAGAGCACACACUUCCUGUGCCCAUUCUAAUGAGAUCAUGUCGGGGGCAAGGACGGAAGACAUUGGAAAGACAAAUACCCGGCGGAUAAGCGACCUUCACACCUCGUUGACCCCUUAUACAGAUUUGAACGAGCAAGAUCUACUGUUACUACAUCAUUAUAAGACCAUUGCAUGUCAUACCCUAUUCAGCGAUGAACUCAAAGGGCCGAUCUGGCAGUUUCUUGUGCCCGAGCUGGCUUGUAUAUACCCCUUUGUGAUGCAUAAUAUAUUAUCCCUGGCCGCCAUGCACCUUGCAUAUUUGAAGCCGGAUUUCUCGGCAACUUACACACAAGUCUCGGCAAGACAUCAGUCACACGUCAUCAAAUCUGCCCAGGCUCGCGUUGCUAGUCAAGAGGUAGACAGGGAGAACUGCAGUGCGGUCGUGAUAUGCUCGAGUCUUCUCCUGGUCUAUGAAUUAGCCAUCCUGCAUCCUUCUUACUUUGUUCAGGCUCGGACGGCGACCACUCCCUUUGAUGAGAUAGUCCAGAAAAUGUUGGUAAUGCGCCGCUUGGUUGGACUAUGGACCCUAAGUAUGCCCCUAUUUAGACAAGGUCCGGCCCGAAUAUUGCUGUCCAGAGGGAAACCUGAGAUGACGGAACCACUGGCAAGCGAAAUACGACAGUCCCUCGAUGGUAUUAAAAUGGCUAAUAACAUGCUGGCUACCAACAAGGAAGAACAAGAUGCAUACCGAAUGGCAAUUGAUUCACUGUGGCUCUGCUUUGAGACUUGUACCCUUUCGAACCCGCCAGACUGGCUUAUGGGGAUGGCGUGGCCCAACCUGGUUCCUCAACUGUUCAUGUCCGCGUUGAUAGGGAGGAAGCCGCCAGCGUUGGUUAUUACUGCUCACUAUUGUACGUUACUAUAUCUCUAUCCACAAGGUUGGUGGAUGAACGGGUGGCCCCAACCAGUGCUCUUAUCGCUCAUCAGGGCUGCAGCUGUUGAGGACAAUGCGCAUAUCUGGAAACCUCUAUUUUCAUGGCCAGCCAAUGUUAUUGGUGUUCCACUGGAAGAAGGCCUGGUAGGAUAA